GCUCUCCCGGCGCGGCGCGGAGCGGAGCGGAGCAUCCCCGGGGCCGCCGGCCGCGUCCCGCCGCGGAGCAGCUCCCGCGGGGCCGGGCAGGAGCUGCCAGCACGUGGAUGCAGAGACCUGCCUGCCAUCUGCCUGGCCCUGUGUCCCAGCACCCUGCAGCCCUCCUGUGGGUCAGUCAGAGGGGGAGAGCUGAGGCUGUGCCCUCCCUUCCCUGUUUCCAAAGCCAUCCCACUCCCAGCUCCUCCCAGACCAUCCAGCAGCUGAAGCCUCCAGUGAGGACCCUCAUCCUUGCAGCUGAUCUGCCAGAACUGCUCUUCCCACCUUCAGCCCCAUCACAGGUUCUCCACUUGCCAAAGCAUUGCUUCAGCUGGGGUUAACAGAGGGCAGAGCUUUGCAGGCUCCGUGCCGGGCGCUCCUCCCGUCCCGCGCAGCCGCGGCCGCCGCCGAUGCUGUUGGCGAUGAGCGCCUGCAGCAGGAAGGCGCUGACCCUGCUCAGCAGCGUGUUCGCCGUCUGCGGCCUCGGCCUCCUGGGCAUCUCCGUCAGCACCGACUACUGGCUCUACCUGGAGGAGGGCAUCGUCCAGCCCCAAAACCAGACGGCCGAGAUCAAGCUCUCGCUGCACUCGGGGCUCUGGAGGGUCUGCUUUCUGGCAGGUGAGGAGCGUGGCCGGUGCUUCACCAUCGAAUACGUCAUGCCCAUGAACAUCCAGCUGACAUCUGAAUCCACAAUCAAUGUCCUGAAGAUGAUCCGCUCUGCCACCCCCUUCCCUCUGGUCAGCCUCUUCUUCAUGUUCAUCGGCUUCAUCCUGAGCAAUAUCGGCCACAUCCGGCCUCACAGGACCAUCCUCGCCUUCGUCUCGGGGAUAUUCUUCAUCCUCUCAGGUCUGUCACUGGUGGUGGGGCUGGUCCUCUACAUAUCCAGCAUUAAUGAUGAGAUGCUCAACAGGACCAAGGACUCGGAGUCAUUCUUCAAUUACAAAUAUGGGUGGUCCUUUGCCUUCUCUGCCAUCUCGUUCCUCCUCACAGAGAGUGCCGGGGUGAUGUCUGUGUACCUGUUCAUGAAGCGCUACACGGCCGAGGACCUCUACAGACCCCACCCCGGCUUCUACCGGCCCCGCCUGAGCAACUGCUCUGACUACUCGGGGCAGUUCCUGCACCCGGACGCGUGGGCGCGGGGCCGCAGCCCCUCGGACAUCUCCAGCGAGGCGUCCCUGCAGAUGAACAGUAACUACCCAGCCCUGCUCAAGUGCCCCGACUACGACCAGAUGUCCUCGUCCCCGUGCUGAGCCCCGCGGCCCCGCGCCCGCUCCGGUGGUCGCCGCGCCCCGACUCCGUUUGUCAUUUUUUUAGGCCGCUCUUUCUGGCCAAUUCUCUAUUUAUAGGAGCGUAAAUAUAACCAGAGAGAUUGGUUAUAUAACCAAUAGUGUAACCUAGAGAAUUGGGAUGUUUCCCUUUCUUUGUUUUUUGGGUUGUUUUAUUCCUCCCCGCAUAACUAAGAAUCUCUCCAAAGUCCUCCUCUCAUAGCUCAUCCCGCUGAGCAAACAGCAGUUCUGCCUGGGGGAUAAAUCCAGGGCUGGACUCGAGAGCAGGAAAAAGAAAAUAGAGUAGAACUAAGGAAAAAAAAGGUGUAUUUUUUUGGUGUAGGUAGGUAGGCUGAUAAAGUUUGUGCAUUUGACUGUAUCAUUGAAUUCUAUAUUUACUGGCCUGAGCGCCAGCAGGCAUAAAAGAUUUGUGUAACUUUCCAAGAAACAACCAGCAUUAGAAAAAUACAAAUUUUGUCUUGACUGAACACUUACUGGUUGGUAUCUCUCACUGCUGGAAUGGGAAAUAGCCAUCCUUCCAUGAGACCUCAGCAGGCCUGGACACCAGCAGGUUGUUGCUCCUCUAUGGCCCCUUGCAAACUAUUGCUUAAAUAUCCCAUGUUAGACUGGAGGCACUCUGGGGAGCUGGACUGGAGGGAUGGCUCCAGCACCCAAAUUUCCUCUGCUGUCCUAUAGACAAGAAGCCUGAAGCAUAAAUGGGAGAAUUUCAAUGCAGCAUCAGGUGGAAAACAACCUAAACCUUUCCCAUGGGAAACACCAGGUGCAGGAUUUAGAGGAAAGAAGUUAUUUAAGUGAGAGGCAGGACCCCAAACUGGUGUCAAGUGAUGUAGCUGAGAUCAUUGGUACAAGUCCACUGCAGAAAAGUAGUUGGCUUAUUUUACAUUUUGGCAAGAAAAUUGUAUUUUCAUUGCUUUUUUUUUUUUUUUUUUUUUUUUUUUUUUGUGUGUGUGUGUGUGUGUGUGUUUAUUUUGAGGUUUUAGUUUUGAAAAUUCCAUUUGAUGCUUUGGCAUUUUGGCCUUAGCCAGCUGCCAGGGGAAAACACCACUGCCACUGGUGGAAAACAAAGGGCACGGAAGGAAAAGGCUGUGAUCCCUCCAGCGAGCCCCAGCUUGUCACCUUGCAGGAGAAAGAGCUUUGCCCAAACUUUAUUUCUGUUCUUGUUAUUUUAAACCUUCCUGAAAAUUUCUGUUCUGCAAAACAAAACUGUCUGGGGAUUCUUGGUAUGUUUGAGCUUGUUUUGUCUUACUGUUAAUUAAAAGAAAUAGAAUAUAUGCAGUUUUAACCUCAUUUGUAGCACACUGCGUUAUGAAUGUUGGACCUCUUGGUUGUUAUUAUUUAAUAUUAUUAUUUAUUAUUUGCUAUUAAAUAUUUAUUCUUUAGAAACUCCUCCAAAGUAGGGGUCAAGUCCUGGUGCAGCACCACUGUUUGCAUCCAUUACAGCACCUGUUCCACAGGACAUCACUGCAGGAGUGUAUCCAGCCAGCUCUGGAACAGGAUUACUCCUCUCCACUUCCUCCAGAGAAGCAAGUAAUGCAUAUUUAGUGUAUAUCUGGGUAGAUUCCUAAUUUGCAAAGUUUUAAAAUCAGGGCAUCUUUUUGUAGACACAGUUCUAUUCACCCUCAGUUUCUGUAUGACCCUCAAGCAUUUUUGUGUUCUCAGUUAAGCCCCAGUUUUUAAGUGCUACGUGACAGCUUGGCUGCUGGGAAGGUUCAAGCACUGAAGCACAACGCGGCCCCACCCUCCAGGAACAAAUCUGCUGGUCCUCAACUGCCCCCAGCCUGACAAACCAUCAGUUCGCCAUCAGGAUCCCCAUACUCAGUGUGAAUUUGGCUCCAAAAAACCAACUGGAGUUUACAAGCAAUCAUUUUGAAUUUCCCAGGGGCUGAUCUGGUUUGCUGGGCUUGAUGCUGGUGAUUUUUGGUGGCUCAAAGGCUGUUGCCUUUGCAUGUUACUCUUGAUGGGUGCUGAUAUUCUCGGUUCAUGGGAGGGAGAUGUUCAGGAUCACCAAAACUGCUGAUGGCCAGAGCCACAAGGGCUCUCCCAUGGCCACGUUCCUCACACUGGGGAGUCAUCCUGUGGUUAAUCCUGUGCAGCAUCACGAGAUGUCCCUGUCCCCGAGUGGAAUUUUCCUUUGCACUGAUUAAAUACAGAAUUAUUCA